AUGGGUGAUUUAUCCGCCUCGUGCAUUGAAAGCGACGCCGUGAAGAGGAGAGCCUCAGGGCCGAUCCGUCGACUCACUUCGUCGCCGACCCGGGAAGCGCAGGAAGUAUACGAACGAGCCCUGUUUUACGACAGUAACAACCCGGACAUUUACUACAACUUGGGCGUGGUGUUUUUAGAGCAAGGGAAAGCGCUUCAAGCACUCGCAUACCUGGAUAAGGCCCUGGAGUUCGACCCAGAUCACACACAGGCCCUGAUGAACUCCGCUAUCUUGAUCCAAGAAUCGGGCAUCGCGCACUUGCGCACAACAGCAGCAGCUCGUCUGAUGAAGCUGCUGGCGAAGGACGAACGCAACGAACGAGUUUUCUUCAACUUGGGCAUGUUGGCCAUGGAUGACGGAGACGUGGCUUCUGCUGAGGCCUGGUUUCGAAAAGCAGUCGACGUGCGGGAGGAUUUUCGCAGUGCGUUGUUCAACUUGGCACUGCUGUUGUCCGAAGCCCGAAGGCCGUUGGAAGCGGUUCCUUUUUUGAACCAGCUGUUGAAGCAUCACGGUGACCACAUCAAGGGUCUCAUUUUGCUCGGGGACAUUUAUAUCAAUCAUAUGAAGGAUCUGGACGCAGCUGAGAAGUUGGGCCGGCACGGGUUCUGGGAUGAGACGGGGAGGAGGUUGCUUUCGAUUGAGACUGGAGCAGCGUGGGGUAACACUGCUACGAUGUUUCGUCGACCCGUCUUGUGCGCCGCGUCUGAUGAAGCACGGCCGGGUCGUCUUCGAGUUGAGGAAUGUGCGGAAUGGGCUUCCUUAAUCAAGACCCAGAAGCCCUACUUCUGA